GAGUCGGCGGUGGUGCCACACUCAAGAUGGCGGAGGUAGUAAGGGAUGGUGGGAGGCAGACGGUUAAAUCUGUUAGGAGUGCGGCCUGGUAUAGGAUUUUCUUCAAAAUAGACCUGGCAUAUUUCGAAUAGCUGCGGGAUUUUUUCUUCUAAAAAGGAACAAAUUCUGACUUUGAAACGGUUUUCUUUUUAUUGAGCGAUGCUGCCCUCUGUGUGAAAGAAUUUUUUUUUACGGUAUAACCUCGUCUUCAUUAUGCUGUAUUAUUUAAGGAUUGAGUCAGAGUACGGAGUGGGCAUUCCUUUUUGAAAGAAGCUGGUCCCUUGAUACUGGGAUGAUUUCCUCGAAACAACUUUUUUGAAGAUGAAUAAAACCGUAGAGGUAUAUGAAGAACCAGCAGAUAUCGCUAAGCAGCAGGAACAGCAUUAUCACCUUCUGUCUCAGCUGCAGAGUCUGGUCAAAGAUCUAUCAAGCUCAUGCCAACAGCGAUUAUCCUACGAUAUACUAAGUAACCUGGCCUUGGCUUUGAUUGAUGGCACUGUCUUUGAGAUUGUACAGGGUUUGCUUGAGAUUCAGCAUCUGACUGAGAAAAAUCUCUACAACCAGCGUCUGAAACUGCACAGUGAACACAGAGCCCUUAAACAGGAGUUGCUAAAAAAACACAAGGAGGCAUUACAGAGCUGCAAGACCCACAACAUGGCAGUGCUCCGUGCAGCACAGCAAAGGGAACUUGAGGCAUUGGAGCAGAGAGUCAAGGAUGAGCAAAGGAUGAUGGAUGAGAAGAUAGUCUUGGAACUGGAUCAAAAAGUGAUUGACCAGCAGAACACCCUGGAGAAGGCUGGUGUUCCAGGAUUCUACAUUACUACAAACCCUCAGGAACUGACCUUACAGAUGAAUUUGUUGGAACUGAUCUUAAAAAUGCAGCAGAAGGUAACUGAAUCAGGGAUUUGCUGAUGUAUUGUCAUUGGAUUAAAUCUAAGAAAAUUUGGAAGAAUGCUCAAGUUCAUCAAAGAAAUGUCCAGCAACUCCUGGAUUUGAAAUGACAAGCCAGAAUUAUAGAUACAUAAGUUUGCUAAGUACUAUUUGUAUUGAAAGUCCUGGCUCUACCUCUGGUUUCUAUGAUGAGAUUUUGGUAAAUUUCCAUUUGUACUCCUGCCCAUUCAUUGAACGUUACAUGUGCAUGAGAAGAGAAAUAUAAAACAGAUUGCAGUUAUACUUGUUUUGUAGUUUGGUUCAAAUGCUCCAAAUUACAUUUACUUACGUUUUGACACACAGAUUUUUGAAAUGGGAGUUGUUUGAGUGGUACAGUACUUAUUGGACUUGCUGUAAUAUUACCAACCUUUUCCUUGAAUGUGCCUGACUGGUAAAACCACUGGUAUCAAAGAACGUGUCCAACUUUUUUUUGUGUUAUGCAAGUUCACUUAAAGGAAUCAUGUAAGUUAGUGUGACAGGACUGUGUACGUGGUAGAAGAAGGGAACCUUGCCAAAGUCAAGGAAAGCAAAUGCAAGAGCCAGAAAUGCUGACAGAGGUAGCAGUUUCCACUUCCAGUAGCUUAGUUGUGAUAUAGUGGGUUCACUGGGAAGUUGUGUAAUCUUGUUUAAAAAGCUCAAAUAUUGAAUCUAUGUUACGCUGUUUAGUGGGUGGAAAUCUUUUGCUUUCCAUUGGCAGUAAUUUGAUAUCACUAAAAUGGAGGAAGUAUCUCAAAGCUAUGUGAAAUAAUCUGUUUGUAAAUGUAGAUAAUGACUUAUAUUAUAGUGAGGAGAUUGCAUAAAAUUUCUAGCAGGCAAGUCUGACUUGUGGCUACUGUACCAAGGUUGUUCAUUCAGCUACCACACUUUUUUUUUAAACUGGGAAAGCAUCUUGGCUCAUCAGUGUUAUGUAUUUUUAUUUUACUUGUUUUUGGUCUGUAUGAUUCUCAAAGUUUUCAAUAAUUUGAACAUUAGUUUUUCACACUGAAUAAAACUUUAUUUUUAAAUCAUUUA